UCAUUUGUCAAUUGAAGAUAUCAAAACACAACUAGAUUCGUGGACAGAAUUAAAAAGGACAAAUUGCACUCUCCCAUUUCUACAAAACACUUCUCAUCUGAUCUCCUCCUUCUUCCCAAAUCCAAAUUCUUGAGAAGAAAAAGAGACAUGGCUGCUUCUUCUUCCUUUCAACUCUCAAGCCUUCAAAUUCAAACCCCACCUCUUAAAAAAUCAAACUUUCUUGGACAGUCUCACAACCUUAACCUCAAUAAUAUUCAUGCCAAAUCAACUUUGAAACAAACUUCAACCUCAGUUACAGCCAAAUUCAAUCUUUAUGAGAUUCUUGGAGGUAGAGGUCUAUGUAAUGGAGAAGAAGGUAUAGAAAAAGAGCUAAACAAGUCGGUUUCGGAAGAACCAUCAUCAGCAGCAGCACCACCACCAGCUAGUGAUGAUAAUCAAGAAAACAGCGAAACCGGGGAGUUCCCAGUAGAUGGAUUUGAGAAAGAAAUGAUGGGGUUUACAGGCGGAUUUCCGGGAGGUGAAAAGGGUUUACAGAAAUUCAUAGAGAAAAAUCCACCACCUCCCAAGAAAACAGAAUCAUCAAGUAUGGUUUUUUCUGGUUUUAAUCAGAGACCAAAGCCACCUGAAUUGCCACUUUUGUUACCUGGGAUGAUUGCUAUUGUCAAGAAUACUAAUAAUCCAUAUUAUAUGUAUUGUGGGAUUGUGCAGAGGAUCACUGAUGGCAAAGCUGCUGUUCUAUUUGAAGGUGGGAAUUGGGAUAGGUUGAUUUCUUUCAGGCUUGAAGAACUCGAACGAAGAGAGAAAGGCCCACCAAUGGUGAGUCCUAGGUCUGUCAUACUUGAAAACAUGGUAGAAAAGAACUCUGAAGCUUGAAUUUGCUUCACUCUUAUUGAGUAGAUUGUUUGUUCUUUUGUGUCUUUUGGGUUGUUGUACAUACAAGAUGUGUAAGUUUUGUAAUGGCAAUGGCAUAAUAAGGAAAGGCAGAAUGCUUUUGUGCAGGAA